AUGGCUUCGGCGCCCCCUACUACAGCCCAUGAGGGCGAGGAUGUCCCCCAGAACGAUGGAUCAAAGUUGAAAACCUUCAUAUCCAUCCUGCGCAAGUUCAUCGGGGUCGCAGACCUUGCUGCCGUGCGAUUCUCCCUGCCGUCCCAACUCCUCGAGCCCACCCCGAACUUGGAGUACUGGAACUACCUCGACAAUCCCAGCGCCUUUGCCGCCAUCGGUACAUCUGACGAACCUUUGGAUCGCAUGCUCGAAGUCCUGCGAUUCUGGUUCACCAAGGACUUGAAGUACGUUAAGGGAAAGCCCUGCAAACCAUACAACUCCUGCUUGGGAGAGUUCUUCCGCUGCAACUGGGAGGCCGAAGACAACGCCCCGCGCAUAGAUACAAAGAGUCUGGGUGUCAACGGUGCUGGUGCUGGUGCUGGUAGUGGAGUUGGCAGUAGCGCCUCUUCCAUGAAGUCGGUCAAGGGCGAUCCGCGAGCCUCGUCCACCGUGUCCGUCGUCCAAACCCCCGAGAAGCCAACCGGCCCUACCGUUAGGAUAUCCUACUUGACCGAACAGACGUCGCACCAUCCACCCGUAAGCGCUUUCUAUGUUAGCUGCCCGGAGAAGGGUCUGCACGCCCGAGGAUAUGAUCAGAUCAGCGCCAAGUUCACUGGCACGGCCAUCAAGGUCUCACCUGGCGAGCACAACCUGGGUAUCUUUGUCACACUCGAGCGAAGGGACAACGAAACAUACCAACUCACCCACCCUGCCGCACACCUCGGAGGACUCCUACGCGGCGCUUUGAAUGUCAGCGUGGGUGACAUGGCCUACGUCACAUGCCCCAAGACCAAGAUAAAAGCCAUCUUGCACUACGUCGAGGAGGGAUGGCUUGGCAGGGCCCAAAAUAAGGUUGAGGGCGUCAUCUUCAAGUACGACCCAGCCAAGGAUGACAAGACGCGCAUCAAGGAUGUGCCAGACGCCGACGUGCUGGCAAGGCUGAGUGGCGCCUGGAAAGACAGGAUUGUGUUUACUCUUGGGCCGAAGCCGGUGGAUUCUCACCCCAAAGACAAGCAAACCACCAUCAUCGAUCUCAACCCCCUAGCGGUGGCACCGAAGUCACUGCCACCCAAGGAGAAGCAGGCCGAAAACGAAUCUCUGACCAUGUGGGACGGCGUGACCCAGGCCAUCCUAUCCAAGCAGUUCUCCAAGGCUACGAAUGUCAAGGUCGAGCUCGAAGAGAAGCAGCGAGAGAAGGCAAGGGAACGUGAAAAGAAUAACGAGACCUUCAAACCUCUAUUCUUCGACCAGGUCACCGACAAGGGCGGCAAGCCCGAUCUCACCGAGAAAGGCCGACUGGUUCUUGAGAGGGCGCAAAAAGAAGAGUGGGACCUUGAAGGCAUCGUCUAA